CCUUACUUCACGCCCAAGCUAGGUAUUCCAAUGCGGCGUCUACGGUGAUUUUUUAUACUUCUUUUUAUCCAUUGUAUCUCGUAACUGAUUUCUUCGCGUCCCCUCGCCAAGUAACCUAGACCAGAGCUCUUGUUCCACUGUCGCGCAGAAUUUCGAGUUGGGUCUAGGGUUGCGCAACAACCGCGAUCGAUCGACAAUGCCUGCGAAAUCGAGAUUCACAAGGUUGGAUGCCUUCACAAAAACCGUCGAGGAUGCGCGAAUACGGACUACCUCUGGAGGAAUUGUCACCAUUGUAUCCUUGAUUGUUGUCCUCUAUCUUGCCUGGGGAGAAUGGUCCGACUACAGGAGAAUAGUUAUUCACCCCGAAUUGAUCGUCGACAAGGGCAGAGGAGAGCGCAUGGAAAUCCAUAUGAAUGUUACCUUCCCCAAGCUCCCUUGCGAAUUGAUUACCCUCGAUGUGAUGGAUGUCUCGGGUGAACAACAACAUGGCGUGUUACAUGGUGUAAAGAAGGUUAGGCUACAACCUACUUCGCAGGGAGGGGGUGUUAUCGACGUUACUGCGCUGUCCUUACACAGCAAAGAGGAGACCGCCCAACACCUAGAUCCUAACUACUGUGGCCCUUGCUACGGCGCGCCCGCUCCGAGUAACGCCAUAAAACCCGGCUGCUGUAAUACUUGCGACGAGGUUCGAGAAGCGUAUGCACAAGCGUCUUGGGCUUUUGGAAGAGGUGAAGGUGUUGAGCAAUGCCAGCGGGAACAUUAUUCUGAGAAGUUGGAUGAGCAAAGACAUGAAGGAUGCCGAAUUGAAGGCGAUCUCCGCGUCAACAAGGUUAUUGGAAAUUUCCACUUUGCGCCAGGUCGAAGUUUCAGCAAUGGUAAUAUGCACGUUCACGACUUGAAGAACUAUUGGGAUAGCCCUGUCCGUCACUCGUUCGAGCAUGAAAUUCACCAACUUCGCUUCGGACCCCAGUUACCUGAGGAUAUCACGAAAAAGCAUGCUAGAAAUAGCCCCUGGACCAACCAUCACAUCAACCCUCUUGACGAAGUGAAGCAGACCACCGAUGACCCUAACUUCAACUUUAUGUACUUUGUGAAGGUUGUCCCAACCGCGUAUCUUCCUCUCAGUUGGUCGAAGUCGAGCAGUCGUUCUGGACAAAGUGAUGACGAAAUUUGGCUAGGAGCUCUCGGUAAUGCGAUUGAUGGCAGCUUGGAGACGCAUCAGUAUUCAGUCACGAGCCACAAGCGAAGUUUGGCUGGUGGUGAUGACGCGGCAGAAGGUCACCAAGAACGAAUGCACGCAAGGGGUGGUAUUCCUGGUGUUUUCUUCUCUUAUGACAUCUCUCCCAUGAAGGUUAUCAACCGAGAAGAACGUGCCAAAACAUUCACUGGUUUCCUAGCGGGUCUCUGUGCCGUCAUCGGCGGUACGUUAACAGUAGCCGCAGCUGUUGACAGGGGUGUAUACGAGGGGGCAACGAGGCUGAAGAAACUUCAAGCAAAGAAUCUCUAGAUUAUCUAGAUAAAUACAUUGGGGCGUUGGCCACUGGGUACUAUUUCAGUUGUAAGGGAAUACGUGGCCACGAUGGAUUAUUUGAUCCGUAACGCACUGGGGAAAAUGG